CCUGUGUGCGUCAUGCUUGCAUGCAAAUGAUUGGCUGGGUGAAGCCUUGCAGAGACUCUGAGGAUGCAGCCAGAAAGCACAGUCAAGUAUGGAGGGAGUUGACCUAUGAGUGCUCUUUAAAUAAACAGAGUCCUGUGCUGCUUUCUUCAAUGACCCAAUUAGGACCAGCCGACGGUGCGAUAUAUGCCACAAUGGUAAUUACCAUUCAGGGGGGCCAACAUCUCAUAAAGUACGGCACAAAGUAUUUUCCUCAUCGAUUCUCCAGGUGACACAGGCUGGGCUUCAAAGACUCAAAUUGGUCUGUAUUAAAAAGUAAAGAAGGGAAACAUGGAGGCUACACUGUUCCAUCUGAUGGCCUUCUUUGUGGCUGUCCAUAUGAUCCAAUGCAAAACUGUUUGCAACAGACAAGCCUCACUCAAAUGGCACAUUCACCAACAGACUGUUCCCAUGAAUUGGACUCUCAUAGGAAACAUCUGUGGGAGCGUUUCUGAGUGUUGGGAGUCUCAGGGGAGCGAGGAGUCAACCAAGCGCUCUUUCAACUUCCCACAACUGUGCCCGCUUCAGCUGCAGCAUGGAGACAAACUGCUGAUGUCUGUUGACGAAACCCUGAAGUCGUAUGGCAUCCGACUCCUCAAUGUUUCAAGAGAGAACUUUGAAAACUGUUCGAUAAAUACAGACACAAGAGAUCGGUUUAUUUUCCCCCACAAUCUCAAUGAAAGUGAGCAAGUGGAGGCCAAGUGGCUCGUCCCGGGUCGUCAUUACUUCAUCGCUCUGCAUGAGGAAGACGUGCAGCUGUGCAAGCUUGGUUUAAGGCUCAAUGUGUCGGUUAAAGCGCAGCUCUGCCAGGCUUCCCCUCUGCUGCGACUUUGUUCGGGGAACGGGAUUUGUCAGACGUCCCUCUGGGAAGGUGCAUAUCACUGUCGAUGCCACCACCAGUACUCGGGGAGGUUUUGUGAAAAGUCUGAUGCGUGUUUGGAUAACCCUUGUGAAAACAAAGGAGUCUGUUUGAGCAAUGGAUCCACAGAUCCAAACCACAGAACGUACAAAUGUCUGUGUCCUCCACAUUUUACAGGUGUUAACUGCUCUGAAGUUGUUGGGAAAGAAAACUGUGACAGAAUUUGUGAAAAUGGGACGUGUGUUCCAGGGUUGCCUGCCUCCUUCAAAUGCAUCUGUGACACAGGACUCUCUGGCCCACCUUGUGAGAGGAGGAAAGCCCCCUGUGAUCCAAAUCCGUGCAGAAAUGGAGGCACAUGCGCGGAUAACCCUGAAGGAUUUGUCUGCCUUUGUCCAGAGGGAUUUGGAGGGCUUCACUGCGACUCUCGAGUUGACUUAGAUUGCAUGUUAUAUGCAUGUCAAGAGGAACAAAUCUGCACCGCAGGGGAGCAUGACUCCGAGUGUGUCUGUGCAGAUGGGACCGGGGCCCCGGCUUGCAGGAGGCAGCUGAACCUGUGCAGCCCAUCUCCGUGUCUCAACAAUGCCACCUGUGUGUCCAGGGGAGAUGAUUAUGCAUGCAGAUGUCUAAGAGGCUUUUCCGGGAAGAAUUGUGAAGAAAUAAUUGACUACUGCAGGCUGCUCAAUAUCAACUGCCUGAAUGAGGGAUUGUGCUUGAGGGUAAUUGGCGGAUAUCAGUGUGUUUGUGCCUCUGGAUGGAUUGGAGAGUUUUGUCAGUAUGUAGGUGAUGCCUGCCUGAUAAAACCAAACAGCUGCUUGAAUGGAGCCACAUGCAUUACAAUGAGUCAGCCAUCCUCUCCCCCGCAAUUCACCUGCAACUGCCCCCUCGGCUUCACAGGGACAAACUGUGAGAUUGACAUCAACGAGUGUGACUCCAGCCCCUGUCAGCACGAUGGAACAUGCACUGACUUGCAUGGACACUACGAAUGCCAAUGUCCUACAGGUUUUCUUGGAAGGAAUUGUGAAAUUGACAUAGAUGCUUGCGCUCUACCCAACAACACAUGUCCACCAGAUACCCAGUGUUUCGAUCUCCCAGGUGGCCUUGAAUACAUCUGCCGUGUGCCCUGUCCUCAAAACCUUCGACCAUGUGCCAACGAAGGACACUGCGUGUUGAAUAACGCCAGCAGCUACACCUGUAUCUGUGCACCUGGCUGGACUGGUCAGAACUGCCGCAUAAAUGUCAACGAUUGUGUUCAACAUUGGUGUCAAAAUGGAGCUACUUGUGUGGAUGAGAUUGACGGUUACAGCUGCCUUUGUCUCAGCGGAUACUCAGGCAUCUACUGUGAAGAGGACAUUGAUUUCUGUGUUGGUCAUCGCUGCUCUGAACAUGGUGUUUGUGUGAGCCAGAGGUAUAACUUUACCUGCCGCUGCAUGCUCGGAUAUGAAGGAUCGCUCUGUGAACUGGAAACAAAUGAGUGCAGCAGCUUCCCCUGCGCAAGCGGUGCCACCUGUGUGGACCUAAUCAGUGAUUAUCGGUGCCUCUGUCCCGCGGGCUUUGAGGGAAGGACCUGCUCUGUGAAUGUAAAUGAUUGCUGGCCGCAGCCUUGUCUAAAUGGAGGCUCUUGUAUAGAUCUGAUAAAUGACUACAUUUGUCAUUGUCCUCUUGGGUUCAAGGGGAAAGAUUGCUCUGUGGACAUUGACCUUUGCUCAUUCGGGCUGUGCAGUGAACAUACAUUGAUAUGCAUUGAGACCAAGGAUGGACAGAAUGUCUCUUGCACAUGUAAAAGAGGGUUUGCAGGGCCGUUCUGUGAAGUCAAUCUAAACGAGUGUGAGUCAAAGCCAUGCCAGAACGCUGGUACUUGUGUGGAUGGGAUUGACCUGUAUCAGUGCUUCUGCUCUGAGGGCUUUGGGGGGUUGAACUGUGAAAUCAACAAUGAUGAAUGUGUCCACGGAUACUGCGCCAAUAAUUCCACGUGUAUUGACCUGGUUGCAGACUAUGAGUGCAUCUGUCCUUCGGGCUUUUCUGGUAAAAACUGCUCAACACCUGUCACUGCAUGUGAGUCAGAUGUUGAGUUCUGCAAAAAUGGAGGAACCUGCACCCACAACUCAGCUGGUGAAGUUCACUGUGUUUGCCUUCCAGGAUACCGUGGCCAUGACUGCUCCUCAUCUGUGAACCUCUGUGUGUCAAAUCCUUGCGACCCCAAGGGGACCCUCUUCUGUGAAGAGCUGGCACAUACUUAUGGAUGUGUGUGUCAACAUGGCUACACCGGGCCACACUGCAAAACACCCAUAAACCACUGUGUUGAUGGCCUGUGUCAACACGGCUCAGCGUGUGUGGAUCUAUCAAGAGGGUUCAAGUGUGAUUGUUUACCAGGUUUAACAGGACAGUUCUGUGAGAUAAACAUUGAUGAUUGUGAAGAAAAGCCGUGCGGCGUCCUGAGCAUUUGUAAAGACACCCUGAAUGGCUACAAUUGCUUCUGUGCACCUGGAUUUAUUGGAAAUAGCUGUGAGAUUGAAGUGAAUGAAUGUCUCAGCCAGCCUUGCCGAAAUGGCGGCUCCUGCAUUGAUGAGCUCAACUCAUUCAGCUGCCAGUGUCCGCUUGGAAUAACAGGGACCUUGUGUGAAGUCAACGUAGAUGAGUGCGUAUCCUCACCCUGCCUGCACAAUGCCACGUGUGUUGACCUUGUCCAUGGUUACAGAUGUCUCUGUGUGCCUGGCUUUACAGGUGCCAAGUGUGAGCUCGACAUUGAUGAGUGUGCUUCAUCUCCCUGCAAGAACAGAGCCACUUGCAUUGACCAGCCUGGUAAUUACUUCUGCCAAUGUGUGGCUCCAUUUAAAGGUCAUAAUUGUGAGUUCCUACCCUGUGAGGCCAGUAAUCCAUGCGAGAACGGUGCAGUGUGUGUGGAGGAGAUGGAUCAGGACCAUUUCCCUUUGGGUUUCCGCUGUCACUGUCGCCGGGGCUUCACGGGCCCCCGCUGUGAAAUCAAUGUGGAUGAGUGCAGCUCCAGCCCCUGUUUUCACGGCUUCUGCUAUGAUGUCGUAGACGGCUUUUACUGCCUCUGCAAUCCCGGAUAUGCUGGGCCGAGAUGUGAGCAAGACAUCGAUGACUGUGUUAACAGUUUGUGCAGCAACAACUCCAUUUGUAAGGACCUCCAUCUGAGUUAUGAGUGUGUGUGUCACUCCGGCUGGGAGGGGGAGUUCUGCCAACAAGAAAUUGAUGAAUGUUUAUCACAGCCCUGCAAAAACAACGCCACCUGCACAGACCUUCUCAACGGCUACAAGUGUCUGUGCUCACCAGGCUGGACAGGUGUGGACUGUGCAGAGGAUGUGAAUGAGUGUGAUUCCGGGCCCUGUCUAAAUGGAGCUCGGUGUCAGGAGUCAGAUGUACCUGGGGAGUUCUCCUGCACCUGUCCUCCCUUCUUCUCUGGCCCUUUGUGCAGCCAGCCUUAUGACCCCUGUGACCCCCUCCACAAUCCCUGCCUGAACAACUCCACCUGCCUGACACGCUCCAAUGGAACAGCCUCCUGCAGAUGCCCAGCUGGAUUUGAAGGAAGUUGGUGUGAAAUUGACACCAACGAGUGCAGCUCAAACCCAUGCCAGAACCAGGGCGACUGUGUGGACCGGGUCAACAGUUACAGCUGUGAUUGUAAGAUGGGAUUUUCUGGCCUUCAGUGUGAGGAAGAUGUCAACGAGUGUGCCUCCAGCCCUUGCUACAAUGCUGCUACUUGUCAAGACCUUGUGAACAAGUUCCACUGUGUUUGCCCUCCUGGUUAUUUUGGAACGCUGUGUGACCUGGAUGUGAAUGAGUGUGAAGUUUCACCUUGCCUACACGAGGGCAUCUGUAUCAACACGCCCGGAGGCUUCGAGUGUGUCUGUCGCCCUGGAUACUCAGGAGCACGGUGCAAUGUCGACAUCAACGAGUGUGUUUCAAACCCAUGCCAAAAUAGUGGGAGAUGUAUUGAUGCUCCUAAUCGAUACCACUGCUUGUGUCCUGUCGGCUUCACCGGGCUCCACUGUGAAACUAACACUGAUGAAUGCAUGUCAGCGCCUUGUCUUCAUGGGAGCUGUAAGGAUGGAAUCUAUUCAUACUCCUGUCUCUGUGAGUCUGGAUGGACCGGCAGCAGAUGUGAAACAAACAUCGAUGAUUGUGAUCCCGCUCUCUGUUUGAAUGGCGGCUCAUGUGUGGACCUCGUUGAUAAAUUUGCAUGCUUCUGUCAGGAUGGAUGGACGGGCAAGACUUGUGAGACGGACAUAGAUGUCUGCAACGAAGCAGCUUUUAAUGUCUCACUGUGUUUCAACGGAGCCACCUGCAUAGACGGUGAAGGAUCGAACUUUACAUGCAGCUGUCCGACAGGUUUCAUGGGGGACUUCUGUGAAGUGGAUGUUAACGAAUGUUGCUCAGCGCCCUGCCACAACGGAGCCAUUUGCCAAGAUCUUAUUAAUAGCUACGUCUGCCACUGCAGGUCAGGUUGGACAGGCCUUCACUGUGAGGAUGACAUUAAUGAGUGCCUUCCUCAGCCCUGCAACCAGGGGAUCUGCAUUCAGAAUGAUCCGGGCUACGGCUACACCUGUUUCUGUCGUCCUGGAUUUGUGGGGAGGAACUGCGAGCACAACUAUGACGACUGCCUAGCGAGUCCGUGUCCUGAAGCGUUUUCCUGUGUAGAUGGCAUCAACAAGGUCAGCUGCCUGCCUCCUGUUACGGAGACUGUUCCCUUGGCGACUGUACUCAAGAACAUCACUCACGGCUCCACUCCACCCAGAGCGUCGAUGCCAACACUCAGCCCGGCACCGACAGCGGAGCAAUUUGCAGAUUCAAACUUUGUUCAGUACUUUGGGAAUUCCUACCUGGAGUUUGAAGGAAUUGACCUGAGCGUACUCAACAACAUAACUGUGAGAUUUCAGACUGGAGAAGCACAGGGGACUUUACUUUACGUGGACCAAGGACCGGCCAGUGGAGACUUCUUUUUCAUGAAACUUUUCAUCCUGGAUGGAAUCUUGCAGUAUGCCUUCAGCUGUAAUGAGGAGGAAGAGGUUAAACGCAUCAUCACAUCCGUUCAUGUUGACGAUGGCAAGGUUCACAUUGUUAACAUCAGACAACAUCUGACCCCGUGUGAAGCUCAGCUCACUCUCUCUGGUCACGAGAGAAUCAAAAGCACAGUGAGCAAUUACUGGCUGGGACACACAAUAAAAAGAACAAACCAUGUCUUCACAGGGGGUUUGCCGCCGCGAUAUCGACCCAAUCAGCGUGCAAAACCUUUCCAUAACUACACAGGCUGCAUUGAAAUCAUCGAAAUGAAUCAAAGGAAGAGCUUUUACACAUCUGAUGCGAUCGCUGGCAGUAACAUAGGCCAAUGCAGGUAUAAUUUCUACACCAUAGAAGCUUUCACACCAUCCUCCUCAAGCCAGACAACUCCAUCAGCCACUGCCAGCACAGUGAACAAAACAACAAUGGCAGCUCCCACACAAACACCAAAACAUCAUCUGCAAGAUCCUCGAUUCUGCCAUGAAGGUCUUUGCCGCAACGGAGGAACGUGUUAUCAGCCGCAGCUUCCUGCUGGAGUUCUGCCCUCCUGUCUCUGCCCGCUUCACUUCACUGGAAUGCUCUGUGAGAAAGAUACCACAGUGUACAUCCCUUCUUUUGAUGGCACAUCUUAUUUGGAGCUGCAGCCGCUUGCAUCCUUCCUCCGGCCUGCUGAUGCCAGAAAUGAUCUACCUGCUCCUGUCAAGGACACCUCUGUUAUUAUCUAUUUGACAGUGAAAACAAGAUCAACACAGGGCACCAUCCUCUACGCUCAGGAGCAGAACUUUGGGGAGCAGUUUCUUCAUGUGUUCCUUCAGGAUGGAGCUCCUGUUGCUAAACUUGGGUGUGGUGGCAGCCAUGUUUUAAAUGCAGCUGUUGGCCAGAACAUCAAUAACAACAGAUGGACGCCAAUCACAAUCAGAUACGAUCUGCCUGUUGGCAAACAAGGAGGGUCAUGUAUGAUUGAAAUUGCAGCAGAUAAUGGCACAGCUCAGCGGCUCCAGGAGUUGGUGUCACAGCCCAUGUCAGAGGGAACCUUUGGACCCAUAUUUCUCGGGGAUGUUUCGUCCCACUGGGAGAUGCAUGAUGGGACGGCAAAGGGAGCGAGGAGAUUCAUAGGGUGUAUCAGGGAACUUCAGGUCAACUCAAAGGAGAUUUACCUGAUGGGUGAGGCGGUGAGAGGGAGAAACAUCAAGAAUUGUGACCCGCCUGUCUGCCAGCACCUUCCCUGUCGGAACGGAGGAACAUGCAUCAGCGAUGCUGAGGACUGGUUUUGUGAGUGCCCGCCACUCUUCACAGGCCGGCUAUGUCAGUUCAACGCCUGCGAGCGCAACCCCUGUGGUCACGGAGCCACAUGCAUCCCGAAGUCGCCACUGGAGGCUGUGUGUCUUUGCCCUUACGGAAGGCAAGGUCUGCUGUGUGAUGAACCCAUCAAUAUCACUCGUCCCAGAUUCAGUGGCACAGAUGAGUUCGGCUACACGUCCUUUGUGGCUUACUCCUCAAUCCCAAGCCUCAGUUUCUUCUACGAGUUCAAGCUGAAGUUCACCCUCGCCAAUAAUUCCUCUGCUGUGAAAGACAACCUGAUGCUGUUCGCUGGGCAUAAAGGACAAGGCAAGGAUGGUGAUGACUUCCUGGUUUUGGGGUUACGGAAUGGAAGAGUUUUGCAUAGGUUCAACCUCGGAUCAGGUGUAGCAACCAUCGUCAGUGACCGCCUGAACCCGCGGAUCAACAUUCACACCGUUAUAUUUGGAAGAUCCAAGAAAACAGGAUGGCUGAAGGUUGAUGGACAACGCAACAGAACAGGAUCUUCUCCAGGACCCCUGGUGGGCCUCAAUGUUUUCAACCAGCUCUUUGUGGGAGGAUAUAAUGAGUACACCCCUGAACUACUUCCACUUGGCUCCAGGUUCCGCCAAAGCUUUCAGGGGUGCAUCUUUGACGUGCAGUUUUCAACCAGAAGAGAUGGAAAGUUCCAGGUCCUGGGACAGCCUGCAGGACAUGCAGCCUUCGGGCGCAGCGUGGGUCAAUGUGGAGUCACGCCGUGUGUUCACGUUCACUGCAGAAAUGGAGGGACAUGUGUGGACUCUGGCUCGUCUGUGUAUUGCCAGUGCCCAUUAGGAUGGAAGGGAGCGCUCUGCUCUGAGACCGUGUCUGUGUGUGAUGUCGAGCACAGUCCCCCUCCUCUGUGUGCCCUCGGCUCCACCUGCAUCCCUCUGCCCAAUGGUUACACCUGCCAGUGCCCCCUGGGGACUGCAGGGCUGUACUGCGAGAGAGCUGUGGCCAUCAGCGAUCCUUUCUUCAGCGGUAACCAGUCUUCAUGGAUGUCAUUCCCUCCUAUGAGUAUCAGACACAGGACUGUUGUACAGCUGCAGUUCCAGCCUUUAGCACCAGAUGGCAUCCUUGUCUACACUGCACAACAUCUCAGUGCUAGCGCUGGAGACUUCUUCUGCCUUUCUCUGACAUCUGGGUUUGUCCAGCUGCGAUUCAACCUCGGUGAUGGCACCCACGUCUUGCAGUCUGUCGACAAAGUGAACUCGCGUGGCAGGAUCUGGCACACGGUGAAGGCUGGCAGAUUUGGUCACCAAGGCUUCCUCAGCCUGGAUAACAAAGAGGUUAGAGAGAACGGGACAGAAGGGAUGGCCACCUUGGACGUCGCUUCUGACAUUUUUAUUGGUGGGGUGUCAACUCUGAGCUUGGUGUCCACAGAGGCUACAGAACGGGAGCCAACUGGUUUCAGCGGGGGGUUGAGAGAACUUCUCAUCAACGGUCAAGAGUUAGAGUUAACAGAGAUGGGAGCAGUCAGUGGAGCUAAUGUAGGGGACUGGGAUGGGACUGCAUGUGGGUACAAGGUGUGCCAAAACGGAGGGCGCUGCUUGCCUUUAGGAAGUAACUCAUUUUCAUGUGUAUGCCCGCUGCCAUGGACUGGCUCGGUGUGCAACCAGACUAUAGUCUGUGUAAGCAAUGUCUGCAAACAUGGCUCCAUAUGUGCUCCAUCUAGUGACACCUCAUACAGCUGUAUAUGCCCGCUAGGAUGGGGAGGGAGGUAUUGCGACACAGAAAUAGCCACAGAAACUCUCAGGUUUGUGGGGAACUCGUACGUUAAAUACUCAGACCCAAGAUACAACACGAGGAAUCUGAAAUACGCACAGGUUUCUUUCAGCUUCAGCACAAGCUCUAAUGACAGUUUGAUACUUUGGAUGGGAACAGCUGAACAGGAAGACGACGACUACCUCGCAGUGGGACUUGAGGGAGGACGCCUCAAAGUUGUACUGAAUCUCGGGGAGAGACUUUCGCCCCCGGUGACUUUUAGAAAUCUUUCCCUCUGCUGCAACAAAUGGCAUAAUGUCUCCCUGUCUUUAAACGGCACACUGAUUCAGGUUUUCCUAAACAAUAAGAGGAUCAUCUUCCAAGAUAUGGACCCGUUUGAGCGUUAUGUUGCCUUAAAUUACGGCAGUCAGCUUUACCUCGGAGGAUUUGGGUUAUACAGGAACGUAUCAAAUGUCACUUCAGGGUUGUUUCUGAAAGGCUUUGAAGGAAAACUCAGAAAUGUUCAUUUAUUCAAAGAUACAAAGCCGCUGCUGUUUCAGAAGAAUAGUGAAGGUUUGAACGUUUACGAGGGCAGUGAUUAGAAGUGACAGUGUAACUCCAGAGGCCAAAUGUACAAAUGGGAAAGGGUUACUUGCAUUACUUUCUGUGCAGUAGUCAGCUGGUGAAAAAAUACAUGGUAAUGAAAAUACGCACACAGGACUACAGGACUAACGGUGCUCACUGCUUUGGUUACUUUCUGCAAUUCAAUGUGCUUCAUUUUGUUGGUGCAACAAAUGUAGGAUUUUAUUCUGUCACUUUGAUCCAAGGCUGGUUCAACAGAAGAGGUUUAGGGCCACUGGGGGAAAAAUUAAGUUUCAAUGUAUCUUUUUAAACUCUGAGAUUAAAGGUGACAUGUUCCGCUAUUGGUCCAAGAGGUCCCCAAAACAUGUCUUUAAA